CUCGCUUCGAAACAUGCACGGAGCUCUACCGUGCACCUUGACUAUGCUACCUAUCAGGGUGCUGCAUUAGACACCGGUGUCACUCAGUAUCUUGGGAUGCGAUAUGCAUCAUCACCCACGGGAGAGCUCCGUUGGCGCGCACCUCAGGAUCCUCCCACAAUUCACCGCGUCCAGAAUGCUACGCAAGUAUGUCAAUGCUGUAUCUCGCACUUGCAUCAUCCCUGACAUGCCUCAGUUCGGAGCUCUGUGUGUCGGCAUUGGAGAGAGUGUGAACAUCAAUCGCACGGAAGAUUGUCUGUUUAUCAAUGUGUAUACUCCCAACAACGCGACCAGGUCAUCUAAGCUACCGGUGUGGGUAUACAUUCCCGGUGGUGGAUACGCAAAAGAAACGAACAGCAACUACAACGCAACAGAGGUCAUCAGAGCUUCUGGCCAGGAUAUUGUGUUCGUGAAUUUCAACUACCGCGUCUCGGCAUAUGGAUUUCUAGCCAGCAAGAAAGUGAGAGAGGACGGCGAUCUCAAUGUGGGCUUAUUGGAUCAGAGAAAAGCUCUUUACUGGGUGAAGAAAUACAUUGCUCAGUUCGGCGGCGAUCCAAAUCACGUCGUGAUUCACGGUGUGUCUGCUGGCGCUGGUUCGGUUGGAACACAUCUCACUGCAUACGGUGGCCGAGAUGACAAGCUAUUCGUCGGCGCCAUAGGACAAGCUCCAUUCUUUCCAUGUCAGAAUGAUAUCUCACAAUCGGAAUGGCAAUUCGACCGCUUCGCUUCUGCAGUUGGUUGUUCGAAUGUAUCGAAUCAGUUGGCUUGCCUUCGAGCACAAAAUCUAAGCACUCUCCAAGCAGCCAACAUACCAUCGCCCUUUCCCGGUCAGACUAUCACUCCACUUUUCUACUAUCUUCCUGUCAUCGACGGUGAUUUGAUACAGGAAGCCCCGAUCCUUCAAUUCGAGAGAGGCAAACAUAUCAAAGUGCCUCUCUUGGUUGGCGAUACGACGAACGAAGGAUCAGCCUUCGCCGCAAAUGUAUCGACACCUGCCGAAGUCUCCUCCUUCUUGGCGGCCAACUGUCCUCGUCUCCCUGCAUCUGCUCUGGAAGAGGCAAACAAGCUCUACCCCCUGAUGAGUCCUUUACCUCGUCAUGCAGUCUACUUUCCCUCUGCUUCUGCCGCCACCGGAGAAUCUACAUUCAUUUGCCCUGGACUGUUGAUGUCUGAAUCUCUAUCUCGCGGUCAGCGUAGCAAAGUCUGGAAUUACCGCUUCGAUAUUUCCACCGUGGAAGAGACAGCCGCUGGAUUAGGUGUGCCACAUACCUUUGAUACACCAGCGAUUUUUGGUCCAUAUUAUCAAGGUCCUGCAGUAGCGGCAUCUCUCUCAGUACAACCAUUUACGACAUAUAAUGCACCCAUCGUGCCCAUCGAGAUGAAUUACUAUAUCUCCUUCGUCCGCACCCUGAAUCCGAACACCUUCAGAGCUAAAGAUGCACCUAUCUGGGAGCCUUUCGAGGGAAAGAAUGGACAGCAGAGAUUAUUAUUUGAGAUCAACGGGACUACGAUGGAAGCUGUUCCUAAGGCACAGCAGGAGCGGUGUGACUUCUGGUACUCUCUGGCGGAGAUUGACGGAGAGUAAAUGAGAUUGCCUCGGUGAAAGACUGUCGUUACAGGCGAAUAACUCACUUCGCUCCUUUAUAUUCUGGUUUACCACGCGAAGACUGUAUGAUAUGGGGAUAUGUACCACUGGAAAUAUCAGAGCUACCCC